GCUGUUUCCUUCUCCUUCGGAACUUCCGACAUACGUCGUUUUUGAAUGCCCACAGUCUUAACGCUUCGCUCUUUUAAUUGAAUCGUUCGUUUGUCCAUUGUACUUUUCAGAUCAUGCGUCUAUGAAUAGUGCGGAAAUCGGGGACGCUUCCGAAGUGAAUAAUAUGACAGAACCGAAUGAUUCCGACGACGUCGAAAUGGCGGUAGACGACGAGCCUGGAUCGCCUCCUCCGCCACCAUACAGUGCCCCAUAUCAUAGGCUUGAUGACACCAACAAUUUGGUCCUGGGCACUGGGGACGAUAUGUUCGCCGCACCUGAUCCGGUGGAUGCGACAGAGGAAGAGUCAAUGGUGUAUUCGACGGAUAUCGCAUCCUUUCGAACGCCAGAGGAGUCCGGUACAUUAACGCUUUCGGACGACGAUACCAACGAUUUGAAUUGGACUGCCGAUUCUGAACUGCAUGCCACAACUCCACUGUCGCCAGCUUUGCCUGAUAUAUUCAACAGUCCAGUGUCAGGUAUUUCCAGUACGUUGAACAACUAUGACAGCCCAGUCUCGACCAAUUUUGCACCGGUGGUCAACUCUGUUCCUGGGCUAUGUGGACUCCGAAACCUGGGAAACACCUGCUAUAUGAAUUCUGGUUUGCAGUGUUUGAAUGCCGUCCCCCAGAUGGCCCAGUACUUCCUUUCGGGUGAUUAUGAGAAAGACAUCAACAGCACCAACCCUCUCGGCACCGGUGGCGCGCUUGCGAGAGAGUAUGCCAACGUUGUCAAGAAUAUGUGGAGUGGCCAUCGCCGAAGCCAAUCGCCAGGCAGUUUCAAGAAUGCUUUAUCACAAUUCGCACCAAUGCUGAGUGGGUUCAGUCAACACGAUUCUCAAGAAUUCCUAGCCUACCUGCUCGACGCACUGCACGAAGACGUGAACAAAGUUCUCAAUAAACCUUACGUUGAAAAGGUUGAGGGUGUUGUGGGUAUGGACGAAGAGAAGCUCGCGCAAGAGGCAUGGGAGGGGCAUUUAAAGAGGAACAACAGCAAAAUAAUGGACCUAUUCCAGGGACAACUGAAGAGUACGGUGCGGUGUCAUGCAUGUAAUAGACAGACUAUUACUUUUGACCCGUUCAUGUAUCUCACACUACCUAUUUCUCAACCCGAGAGACAUGUGGUCUUCACAUUCGUGCCUUCGCUGGGAGCGAAGCAGUCGGGCACGGGCAGUGUCACGAAGGCAACGAGGUACGGUAUAUACGUCAAGAGCACAACUACUUUCGCCGAAUUUAAGAGAAUGGUCAGGAAGAUAACAGGUUUGCCACCACGUCCAACAUCGGACGAUGAGAACGUGACAGCGCUGGAUGAUUUAGUAGUAUGCGAAGUGCACUUGAAAAAAAUAUAUAAAUUCUAUCUCGAUGAUGAUAUUGUCGAUGAUUCGGUGUCGGCCAAAGAUGAUGUAGCCGUGUACCAUAUAGCAGCAUAUGAGCCGAUCACCAAAGAGAAUACGCACACGGAUAGCUCCUCAAGCACUUCAGAAGUGGACUCUAUUCAGCCCUUGAGCGAUACCAAUGAACAAGCGUCCCCGAUUGCAGAGAAGCUGGUAUCGGACACUGCCGAACCUGCGGUCAGCAUAAACGAGGCUGACGAUAGUAACGACUCUGGUAUGGAUUCCGAUUCUGUGGAUAGUGGUACGGAGGUGGAUGAUCUUACUGUCGACGCUGAAGCUCGAAAGGGGUUCUGCUGCGUAUGUCUCGAAUAUCAUGACCAAGUACAUAUCCACCAAGCUUGUGGGAAGGGGAGUUGCUUCCUUUGCAUAGGGACGCACUUCGGAAAUAGCCCAGAUACGAUUUGCUUCAACGGCCUGUGCGGGGAAUCGGUCACAGUCGAUAUGCUCAAGGUUCUUAAGGUUACAUAUGACAAGAAACCUAUUCAGCUUCCGGCUCCCAGCAUUCCCGUUAUAAGUGCACCAUCGCCACCGCCACCGCCAUAUAAAUCAAACGGAUUCGUUUUGGGCGGCCGAUAUGGCAACAGGGAUCGUUCCGAGGUUUUAUAUGAUGGUGAUAAGCCUCGUGCCAUCGCCUUGUAUCAGCAAUUUGGGGUGCAAAUGUUUAUUGGGCAACCUCUACUGGCAAGUAUCAGUACCGACGAGUCUCUUACCGGAAAUACACUUUACGUUAUAGUGGAAGAGCUUCUGUUGGAAAAGGUUCUGCGGCCGCGAGACAAUGGGAGAUUCCCGGAGAAUCUCAAGUUCACAUUAGAGAAUGGGGAAAGAUCUGGAAGUACAAAUUCACAAAUACCUCGCAGCGAUAAACCGGUGGACCUCAAGAGUCCGUACUUGAUUUUAACGUGGGGUAAAGAAACACCACAGGAUAUAUACUUGCAACAGGACGAUGCGAUCGAUGUUCACAGCUCAACAGUACCGAAGUCUUCGGAUAAAGUCGAUAUACACCGAUUACUGAAGGAUUUCACCACACGCGAGGACCUAAGUGAGAACGAUAUGUUCUAUUGUUCUCGAUGUAAAAAACAUCAAAGGGCGUCUAUCCACGUCUCACUAUGGAAGUUGCCGGAUGUGUUAGUAGUUCACCUCAAACGAUUCCACUACGAUGAACGACGCCGAUGUAAGAUCAAUACCCUCAUCGAUUUUCCCGUGAAAGGUCUAGAUCUACACGCUUAUGUAGCGCAACACGGUGUGAAGCUAGAGCAAUCAUGCGAUAGUUUAGCAAGCUCGGCGUCUCAAAGGCAAAGCAUCGUAGAGAUGGAGAGGAACACAAAUAUGGAUACUGACAUUGGCGACACAAAUGUGCUGGAUGGUGAUGAAGUGAUUCAGAAAUUGGGCGUGCCCAGUGUGAAGGUUGAGACCGAUAUGGACGUUCAUGAAACCGAAUGCACCGGAAGGGCCAUAGACGAACCGUUUGGUGGUGUUGAAGAUGAGGACGCUCAACGGGAAGACGAUCUAGAGAAAGACACUGCUCUUGGCGAGGUCUACGAUCUAGUAUCUGUGGACAAUCACAUGGGCAGCCUAAGUUUCGGACAUUACACAGCAUACAUCAGGCAUCCCGACACGAAAGAAUGGCAUAAUUGCAACGAUGAUAGCGUGACCCCAGUACACGAUCCGCAGCAGGUGGUGUCGCCGAAUGCCUAUGUGCUGUUCUACAUGAGACGGUUAGCUGCUGAGAAGGCUCCCACGGUCACACCUGUGCCCACGCGUACGCAUAGUCCAGCAGCGUUAGAUUAACGACCAUUAAACAUCAUGAAACAACCC